AGAUAUAGGCAUUCCGGUCUCCCGUGCUUGCGUGUUUGUGACGAAUUAAAAGCCGAAAAUCGAAUAAAUAGAGCGACCGUGAGCGGCACCUGUCCUUGGUUCUCACUUGGCCUAUCGAUUGCCUAUCGAACGCUUCCAGUUAACAAUUCGUUUGCGGCGGUGCGUUGUUGGUGCGCAAAAACGCCAGAGGACUCUCAAACGUACAGCAAAAAUGUCGGCCGCAGAUGCGGAACUGUCCUCCAUCCUGAACCGGCGCCAGCAGAUCAACGACGCACUGGACAACGGACAGUCCGUGAAGCCCACGUUCAAAGUGGUCAACAUCUACACCGAAUUCCACGAGUUCUCGCGGAAGGAAAUCAAGGACUAUCAGGCCACCUUCAGCAAGUACGACGUAGGCAACGACGGGUACCUGGAUCUGGCCGAGUUGAAAAUUAUGAUGGAAAAGCUGGGCGCUCCCCAGACGCACCUGGGCCUGAAGGGCAUGAUCGCCGAGGUGGACGAGGACGCGGAUGGCAAGAUUUCGUUCCGUGAAUUUUUGCUCAUCUACAGGAAAGCACGUGCCGGUGAGCUGAUUUCCGAGUCCGGCUUGGGGCAGCUGGCCCGCCUGACGGAGAUCAACGUGGACGAGGUGGGCGUCGGUGGGGCGAAGAACUUUUUCGAGGCCAAGAUCGAGCAGCAGCUGCGGACGAACAAGUUUCACGACGAGAUCCGGCAGGAGCAGGAAGAACGGCGCCGCCUCGAGGAGGAGCGUGUCCUGCGGCGGCAACAGUUCCAGCAGCGGGCGGCCGUCUUUCAGUAAAGCUAACGUCCGCUUGUUUCGCAUCUUCGCAAGUUUAUUCGCAGAGACCACAGCGAAGGAAAUCGCGCGGUGUAUUCAUAAGUUCUGUAACAGUCAGUCGCCAAGCUCAGUCCGUAAUGUUUGAGGCGCGAGCAUCUUUUGUGCGCCACACUCAGAGACGCAGCCCCGGCAAUCGAUUAUAUGGGGCUCAGGUUUUGCUUCAAGGAAGGUGUUGGUUCGGCCUUCCGGAACAGCACAGGGUUUGUGGUUUAAGUUUAAUGUACGCGCUUGUAACUGGUGUAACAAUAGUGCGUAACCAGUGACCACAGUCACAGUGUCAUGUUUCUCGAGCUUUACUAAUAAGUUACGCGCGCGCGCGCGGCUCUAUGUGUAAUCGCAAAACCGCACGGGUUCUAUUGCUUACUCUUCAUCACCAACUGCACUCGCAAACAAACAGGUUGGUAACCUCACCGUGGCCGUCCGAACGAUGUGUUAAGGCGUACCGAGGGAAGGGAGACGGUGCAGGCGUCAAGGAAAACCGGAACUUGAUCCCCGUUCGUCCCCAGUAAUUCCUGGAGCAAGGAAGGAGGCAAAGAGAAGACAGUUCUUGGUCCCUGACCCUAGUCAAUCAGAGACAGAUUAGAAGUAUUUACCCCCAAAAUUCCAUGUGUAGUUGCAAGUAGCAAGGACGCACCGCGCAUGACCCGAAGGAAGUUGUGUGUACCGAACUCAGAUGGACAGAUAUAUUUUUGAUACGCAGGAUUUGUGGAAUUGACAUGGAAAACAGACGCGGAUUUAACGGGGCCAGCAAGGGGCGGCUGAAAGGGAGCAGGGUGAGCAAACCUACUUUGAAUGUGUUUUAGAUGGUAAUAAACUGUUAUUCUGUAGACGAUACUAACAAAUACAAUUAUUAUAAGCAA